UGUACACGUACAGGUCGAACUUUGUAUAAGGGUUGCUCUACAACAAAAACAUUUAUUAGUGGAGAGUCACCCAAGUUGAACACGAGUUGGCCCUUGCUUUCGGAAUAAUAUAAGCGUGGUGCAUUUGAAAGAUCAACAAUAACAGCCUAAAACCGGUAUUCAAGAGUACUUUAGCUUCUAUUGUGGACGAAUACAUGCGCUUCGAUGGUGUAUGUUUGGUUUCUGGAUGAGGAACAUUAUUAGCGACCAUAAUUAUGGUCAAACAUGAGCUUGUACAGCACGCAUUGGAUGUAAACGAGUUCAUCAAAUAAAAAGCAGACGACAUAGCGAGUUAUUUAUUGAAUGUAUGCUCUUUUAUGGUUUCUUCCAAUUCGUUUCCAUUUGUCUGCUAGACUGUGCUACAAACCAUUUCUUCGAUGGAUAGUAAUGAGAACAACAAGGUGUCGUUUGCCAAAGCAGAUGAAGUCAUUCCCCCCACAGCCGACAACUACGAUGCCGUCGACCGAUACGUUUUCGGCAGUAUUCGUCGCUCUGUCCGGCAAAGUUCUUUGUCGCACGCCCGUAAGGUAUCGGUAGCCAACUCAAGCCAAGGGCCCGGCAGCGACAUCGAGGAGGAAAUCGAACUGGACGUCGACGAUGAGACUUUCGACGAACACGCCGCCAUCGCUAAGCAUAUAGAAGAAAACGUGGUCGGCAACGAAACGGUGUUCGAUGGACCUUAUGGAAACAGAGAGAUCGUCUACUGCGAUUAUACGGCUUCGGGAAGGGCAGUAAAGUUCAUCGAAGACUACAUCACGGAACAUGUCCAGCCCCUGUAUGCCAACACCCACACAACUACUGGCCUAAUGGCUAGACAGACAACCAAAUUCAGGAAAGAAGCAAGGGAUAUCAUCAAGAAGUGUGUGAACGCCACGGAUGAUGAUGCGCUCAUCUUUACUGGAAGCGGGACCACUGGGGCUGUCAAUAAGCUGGUAUCGGCUCUCUUGCUGAGAGGAGAACGGGCCAAGAAAACAGUUGUUUUCGUGGGACCAUAUGAACAUCAUUCAAACCUAUUGCCUUGGAAGGAAACAGGAGCAAAGGUUAUAAGAAUACGUGACAACAGCAGAGGUCUGAUCGAUAUGGUUGCUCUGGAAGAGAGUUUGGAGAGGUAUCAGAAGAAAAAUCGCUUUCUCAUUGGUUGCUUUUCAGCAGCGUCCAAUGUGACAGGUAUUAUUUCCGAUACUCACCAAGUGGCGGCGCUCUUGCACAAGUAUGGUGCCUUGUCUUUCUGGGACUAUGCUACUGCAGGUCCAUAUCUUGCCAUUGAUAUGAAUCCAAGUUCAAAUGGAUCUGAUGAUGAUUUCAGCAAAGAUGCCGUGUAUCUAUCCCCUCAUAAGUUUGUUGGCGGUGUUGGAACACCAGGAAUUCUCAUUGCAAAGAAAAAACUCUUCCUAAACAAAGUACCCACUUCUGUGGGCGGUGGAACUGUCCUAUAUGUGACCAAUGAAACUCAUCAUUACAUCCACAAUAUUGAAGAAAGAGAGGAAGGAGGGACGCCCGCUAUUGUCGAAUCUAUUAGAGCUGGACUUACAUUCAGACUCAAAGAGUCAGUGAGCACAGAAUACAUAGAAAGGAGAGAGGAAGAACUGACCAAGCUAGCCUUUGCCAAAUGGAAAAAGAAUCCGAACCUGUUGUUCCUGGGUAGUAGUCGGGCCAGUCGUCUUCCGAUCUUCUCCUUCAUGGUUGUUCAUCCCAAGACUGGUAAAAUGCUCCAUCAUAACUUUGUGGCUGUUCUCUUGAAUGAUCUCUAUGGUAUCCAGGCGAGAGGUGGCUGUGCGUGUGCUGGUCCCUAUGCACAGGACUUACUUGGAAUAAAUGAAGACCUCGCAGAGAGAUUCGUAUUCUUUUUGACAGAUGAAAGCAAAGAAAUGAACGAAAAGAAGGGGCGAAGAAAUCAGAAGAGAGACAAAGAUACUACAGCUGCAUACAAGAAAAUGAAGAAGACAAAAGCACCACUAGAAAUCAUGAAACCUGGAUUCGUCAGGCUUAAUCUUCCAUUCUUCUUUUCUGAUAACGUUAUCAGUUAUGUUCUUGAAGCAGUCGAUGACAUCGGAACGAAUGGCUGGAAAAUGCUAUCUCAGUAUAAAGUAGACCCUUUUACAUCAGAGUGGCAGUAUGUCGGCACUGUGAAAGAAGAAUCCAAACCCAGUAUACCAGCCGCGGGGGAUAGCUUGUUAAAAGCUACCUUUAUCGAGGGCAAGUUCAACGCCCCUCCCAGCCCCUAUGUGAGCCACAAGAUGAAGGAAAAUGGGUCACAGUACACGACAUACCUUCAGCAAAGUAAUAAACUGAUGAGAGAGGCAGGCCAUCAAUGUCAGUUCCCCCCUGAAGUAAUGACAGAUACCGUUGGACCAUGCAUAGGUGACCCGGAUCUGAUCUGGUUUAUGCGUCCCUUCGAAGCCGUCUACCAUAUCCGGUUCCCCGAGGCUGAUCCUAUGGACCCUAUUCCAAACCUUACCGAAGGAGACGGUUCGGCAGGAGCAGCAAAUGGAACCAUCACUUCUGAUCCACGCUCGAAGCUUACGCGUGCUCCAUUCAAACCAAAACGUUACACCAAGAGGAGUUUGUCACGACGGUUCUCAUUUAAGAAACCUCAACAGAAAGGGAAGCAUAAGAAAGAUUCCGCUGGCAAAUGUUCGAUUAUGUGAAGUACUUUAGUUACCACUUUCACUUUGACUAUACUCUGAACGUAUCAUUUGGCAUGCCUUAUCACAUGACUAUUUGAUUUCGAAUCCUGAUAUUAAAAUACAUAUGCAGUUUUUUACGCCAUGAUACUUUUAUUUUUUAACAGACUAUUAUUUGUCCUUUAUCUUAAUGAUAAAGACAGAGAUAUUAUAUGGGGUCUUCACUUGCACAUGAUUUGCAUUUCACCUGACCG